GAACAAAAAGACAAAUAGAGUAUAUAUCUUAUGUUUCAAGAAGUGACUCUAGUGCUUAUCAGACAUCAACAGACUAAAUUAAGACACAAACACCAGAGACCAGUAUUGGCGUACACGCAUUCAAGCAAUUCAUAUGCACAAUGCCCUUUGUCGAACAGUUCACCCAAGGUCAUGGGGGGGAAGCGCGGUCAGGCUUAAGGACAAUGGCAACAAGUAAAGUCUAUUUUCGACGAAACAGACCUGGUACUAAAGCUGAGGAGUGGUGUAAUUGGCCCGAUGAACCGUUCGAAGAUAUGGAAAGUACAUUAGCUGUUCAGCAGUACAUACAGCAAACAAUAAGACGUGAUUUUAACAAUGUGGAUGAGAUUUUAACUGCUCCAGAGGGUCAAGAUGAAGUAGUCUGGAAGUACGAACAUUUGAGACAAUUCUGUAUGGAAUUAAAUGGAUUAGCUGUUUGUUUGCAAGAGCAAUGUACCCCAAAAACAUGUCCUCAAAUGACUGCUACUGAACAAUGGAUAUUUUUGUGUGCAGCACAUAAAACUCCUAAAGAGUGUCCAGCUGUUGAUUAUACACGACAUACGCUUGAUGGAGCUGCUUGCCUGUUGAAUAGCAGUAAAUACUUCCCUAGUCGAGUAAGCAUCAAAGUUACGUCAGUCAAUCGUCUUGAUUCUGUUUGCCGUCGUGUUUAUAGAAUAUUCUCUCAUGCUUAUUAUCAUCAUCGAGAGAUAUUUGAUUCUUUUGAAGAAUCAACUGCAUUAUGUCGAAGGUUUACAACAUUUGUGUUAAAAUACAAUCUUAUGAGUAAAGAUAACCUGAUUGUACCUAUUGCCGGUGCUGUAGAUGGGGCUGUAAUCGAGGCUCAAAUAUAAGUUCAUAAUGUUUAUGUUUAAUAUACAUUAUUAUUAUCUUUUACAAUUUAGGCCUAACUUUCCUUUAAUCAUAUGAAAAAAAAACCAUGCCUAACUUCAUUCAUAAAUAACAAGUUUUUUUUUUGUUUCCUACCUGUAUUAUUGUACAAAUAUGGUAACAUUCUCUUCUAUCAUAAUAAAAAAAUUAUUUCAGAAAAUCAAGUUGUUUUAUUUAUAAUGUUUGUUUUGUUGAUUUACUUAUACCUUUUAUAGUUUAAAAAAUCCAUAUAUCUUUUUUUAUCUUUAAGUAACAAAUAUUAAACUAAUGUUAAUUAAACAAAGACGGAUAGUGGCCAGUAAUGGAAUCCAGGACGCGCGUUUCGUCCUGUUUGGGACUUGUCAGCUGGUAUUGUCAAUAAUACAAAAUAUGAAGAUUGUUUCACGAUAUAAAUAUCUAUUUUGUAUAAAUCAAAUUAUACCACAAUAUCAUCGUAUAUUCUAUUCAAAUCAAACAACAAGAAUAACAAAUUAUAUACCUUUAAUUGGAUUAGAAAUUCAUGCUCAAUUAUCUGUACAUAAUAAAUUAUUUACAUAUGUACCAUAUAGUUUUGGAGCUCCUCCUAAUACACAAUUAGGUUUACAUGAUGUUGCAAUCCCUGGUAGUAUGCCGAUUUUAAAUCGUCAUUGUCUUGAACUAGCUAUCAUUGCUUCAAUUGGAUUAAAUUGUAAAAUUAAUUCAAUUACAAAUUUUGAUCGUAAGCAUUACUUUUAUACAGAUUUACCAGCUGGUUAUCAAAUUACCCAAUAUUAUAAACCAAUAUCUAUAAAUGGUUAUUUAGAUUAUAUUUGGUUACGAGAUCAUUCAAUCAUUGAACAACUUGAUCCAUUAUAUACAGAAGUAAUACAUAGUAAUAAUAAUCAAUAUUAUUAUCGUUCACAUGCUCGUAUUAAAUGUAUACAAAUUGAACAAGAUACUGGUAAAAGUUUACAUAAUAUACAACGUGAUUGUAGUUUAAUUGAUUUAAAUCGUUCUGAUGUCGGUCUCAUAGAAAUUGUUACUGAACCAGAUUUUAAUUCAUCUGAUCAAGUUGCUGCAUUCAUUAUGGAUUUAUCACGUUUACUAAGGCAUUUAAAAUGUUGUAAUGCUAUUGGUGCAUUUGGUGAACUACGUGUUGAUGUCAAUGUUUCUAUUGGUCAAGAUAUAGCCAAUCAAAAUCCUCGAGUUGAAAUUAAAAAUAUUGGCACUAUUCAUGGUGUAAUUUCUUCAAUCGACUAUGAGAUUAAGCGCCAAUCUGAAAUUCUCAAUUCUGGUGGACAAAUUACACAAGAAACUCGAUCUUAUGAUCCGGUGGAUAAUGUAACUUUACGAAUGCGAGAUAAAGAAUUAGCUCAAGAUUAUCGUUAUAUUCCUGAACCGAAUUUACCUUCUAUUAAAAUUUUAUCAAAUUGUUCAUUAUGUUCAUCUCAAUCAUCAUCCGCAUCAUCAUCUGAAUCUUCUAUAUCAUUAUCCAAUAAUCAAAUUUGUAUACAAUGUAUUAAACAAAAAUAUCAUUUAGAUUCUAUUAAUUCAAUAAUGAAUUUACCUCAAUAUAAAAAACAAUUAUUUUUAAUUGAAUAUGGUUUAUCAUUAAAUCGUGUUAUUGUUUUAAUUGAUAAUAAUGAAUUAUGUAAAUUAUAUGAAUUAACAUUGAAUUAUUUAAUGAAAAAUCAUUUAAAUAUAAAUCAUAAUGAACAAUUCAAUAUUUCAAUUUAUGCUAAAGAAUUAUGUUAUUGGAUUACUGGUUAUUUAAAUUAUUCAAGUAAAGAUAAAGCUUUGAAACGUCUUCCUAAAGUUGAACAAUUGGCUGAAUUUGUCCAAAUGAAUUUAACUGGACAGAUAUUUGGACCGGCAGCAGUUCAACUCCUGAAUCUGGUUAUUCGAAGUGAUGAAAAUGCAUAUAAUUCAGUUCAUCAGUUAGCUGUUGAACAUGAUCUAAUUUUAAUCAAAGAUCCAGAUCAAAUUAAAAUUCAAUGUGAGAAACUAAUUAAUGAUUAUCCUAAAUUGGUUAGACAAUAUAAAAAUGGUAAUAAGAAAAGUUUAAAAAAGUUAGUUAUGAAUUUAAUAAACAAUUCAAAAUGUUACAAUAAUUCUAAUAAAUUUAAUCCUUCUACUGUUUAUAAAUUACUUGAACAACUAAUUCCAUCCUCUUCAUCCUCUUCGACAUCAUCAACAACAACAUCAUCAUCAUCAUCGUCUGAAUCAUCUUCUUCGUUAAUCUCAUCAUCAAUAAAUACUAAUUCAUCAUUAAGUUCAAUUGAAAUAGAUCAGAAAUGAAGGUAUGAAAGUGAAUACAUGAGGAGUGAGUGGGGGGGUGAGGAACUAUUUUGUAUUUGUACCGUUGAGAAGAUUAUUAUUAUACCCAUAUAUAUAUGUAUACAUACAACACCAUAUAGUUACCAGGUAUUAUGUUCCCAGGUUUGUUUACGUGUCUCUCUUUUUGUGUGUCAAAAAAAACCACAGGUAAACUAAUUCUCCGGAUAUUCCAAGAAGAAAAAUAUCAAUGAUAUUUUUAAUGGUCAUUUCUUUUUUUUCUUUUCUUUGUUUUUUCUCCUUACAAAUAAGUUUUGCAAGUAUAUUGAUGUUUCUAUUCAGAUAUAUAAUUGAUAGGAUUUUCGAAUAAAUUCAGUUUUUUAGUUCUGUUUAAUGUUAUUGUAGAGUUUUAGUUGAACAAUUCAAUGUAUAAUUAAAAUAAUUAAGGCCAAGGUAACGAUAGCGAUAAGACGUACUUCUUUCAACUUGGAUACGGGAAUAUAUCCCAGCUUGGUUCUAUAAGGGUGAAAGGAAAACAGUUCGGAGUUCUACACUUGAACACCUAAUCGAGUGUAACCAUUCUACAAAUCCACAAUAUGAUUUUAUGGUUGUUUAUAUGAUUCGUUCAAAUCUACCCAGAUUUCUUCGUAUCGAACUCUUAAAAAUAGCCAAAUCUCUUAUCAUCCAGGAGCUUAAACCAGAACUAUGCGUUCAAAAGAAAUUCAAGUUUUAUAAUAAUAAUAAUAAUAAUAAUAAUAAAGUUGGUUGAAGAUAUGAAGUGGUAACUAAGUAGUUAAAUUGUGGUGUGGGCUACUUAUAUCCAUAUAAGUAGUGUCUAACGAUAGUUAUGAAUAAAAUGUCUAGCAGUAGGAAAGAAUGGGAACAGAAAACAAUUGAUAUGAAAAUGUAGGAACAAUAAAAUUUGAAACAAUUGAUUGAUAUUUCGUGAAUUAAAUAUUUGCCAAAUCUAUGUAUGUUUAUCAAUUCAAUUCGGCAAGUUCGUCAUUGUAUAAUAGGACACUAUCCAUCGUGGGUUGAGCAAAGGACAGGUAAGAGUGAUUAAGAGUUCUAUUCUCGUUUACUUGAUGGACACAGAUCAUCAAGUUGAACUGAAGAAACUUUUUAAGAUGAUCCACCAUAUUCCAUCAAAUUAGCUAUAUGGUUUACGAAUGUGUCUUUUGCACAUUGCUGAAGCUAUUGCAAUCCAUGUUCACAAACCUAACCUUUGUAUCCAAUAGAAGUUUGUACAAUCACUCUCACUACCUUGACCAUCGGUAUAGAGGAGUUCGUAGCAAAACUUUGAUAAACUAUUUUCGCGUUUCUUCCAUUUUUUGUAUUUUACUUAUUCUCAACAUUCAUCUGUUGAUUAUUACUGUUAUAUCCCGAUGAGAAUAAUGAAUGGUAACUGUUCGGAUCCUUUUAUGGACCAAUAUUAAACGUAUAUUUUUAUCGAAUAAUUGUUAAAUAAUUAAACUAUUCAUAUUCGUGUUCCUCUUAUUGAAAGCUUUGUUUUAACCUAUGAACUAUUAUUAUACGAUUUCACGUUCUUCAGUUAUGCUCUGUCUAUUAAUUACUACCUCCCAUAUUCACAACCAUUUUUGAGCUAGAUCUUAUACAAAUGUUGUUUCCUAUUUUAUGGUACGAUGUGGUCUGUUUGGUUUGUACAUAAACCGAGUAUGUUUGAAAUAGAAUGAUUCAUAUCACAGAGGCUGAGAUUAGUGUUCUGGACUUAACUGGCUGGACUAAGUGGGAAGCAGGACCUAUAAGUAUUCUAGACUGCUCGUAUGUGUUUUAUGCGUCAUUGGUCCGGUCGAUAAUUCACUGCUUUCUAAUUGGCGGUAUCGUUAUGUUAUACAUUAAACAGGGCACACAGGCCAUAAGUUAUAACAAUUAGCGACGGGAUGAAGAAUAAAGAACCAUGGGCACAAAACUACAAGUUAUAACAAUUACAUAACUACUACUGACCAUUCAUCAAUUACUUUGAUUAUUAUUAGUCCUCUUUCUUUCAAUUACUCAAUGUUAAUUUAUAAUCGAUAUAUCAUUAUAUAAUUAUUACGUAAUAUAUCCAUCCGAUGAGUAUUAUUUCAUUAUUGUAAAUUAAAUAUUUACUGUAUAAUUCUCAGAUUUUAGUAAAACCUUCUGUCAUUUCGAAUUCAAAUACAUUCGAUUGUCUUCAUUUGUGUUCUUGUUCACUACAGAAGCAUUCAAAUUAACAUAAUUUUCAGUUUAGGGGUUGUGGAGAUUGUUAAGUUUUUGAUUAAAAUUAUGAACCGAUUGAUGUUAGACCACCAUUGAAAACCUGGAAGCACUGGACGGCCGUUUGGUCCUAUUGUGGGACUCCUCAGCAGUGCGCAUCCACGAUCCCGCUCGCGGGAUUCGAACUCAGGGUCUUCAGUUUCGCUUAAUUCAGUUAAUGGAACUGGUUAGUAUCACUUAUAUUCAUAUGUAAAGUGUAAUUACAAUUUGAGUGUAUGGAUAUGUACUAUAUUAUUGCAUAUUUUCGGAAAUAUGCAUUUCAUCUGUCUUGAUUUAUAACUUGGAAUAAGGAAUAAGUUUUUAAAUGACGGAAUGACUAAACUAAGUGAUAGCCAUAGUAAAUAAUGUUAAUGUAGGUAUAUAAUUGCUUUUGCCCCCAAAUUCCCUGGUACGUCCGAGAGUGGGGAGAGUCCGCUCUCCCUAUCCAAAUGCUCGCACAUGGCCACCCUUAUAUAGCCUCUGCCAGGAAAGUCCUACUCACUGCCUUCUCGCACCAAGGGUGUUGUUUACGAAAUUGAGAGGACGAAAAACGAAACUCCGCUGCUUUAACCAGGUUGGUGGACAUGGAGAGUCCACCUAGGGGAGUUGGAAAACCUUAAUUCCAAAACAAUGGUGCACAUGGGCUCCAGUAUCCUGAUGGAACAAAUGGCGUAUGAACCAAUCGUUGGUCACCGGUUACAAUGGGACUGCAUCUCCUUACGUUGCUCCACUGCCUUGUGGAUCAGACCUUCAGGUCGAAGGCUGGGGGUGUUACCUCCUAAGAGAACCACCUGCUUCGGUUUAGGCACCCGUUCAGUAUCUCAGCCUUCACACAAAUCGAAUGAUUUAUGUGGCGCAUAUGUAUUUGAUGUCCCCUUGUACCAAUAUCUAUGUGUUAAAAUAAAUAAUAAUUGUUUUUUUAAAUCCAUUCACUCCUUGUAUUCCGU